AUGCUCACUCGUCGAUUGAUCGGUCGAUCGUUAGUCGGAUAUCUCCUCGCGGGGUGCAUCGUAUCUCUGUCGACGAGUGUCGCGCAAAUCGAAGGCAGAAAGUGCGUGUGUACGAGCAAAGCCUGCAAAGAAGCAGGCAUAGAUACUUGUAGAACGAGAUUCUUCUGCUACACGGAACUUAUCGUGACAAGACAGGAAAUUGGUGAAAGUACAAUCACGAGAGGAUGCACAGAAGGUGCCACGCCAUUGUUGUGCGAAACAAAGUCCUGGGUCAUGAGGUCACGAUCGGUUAACGCCAUGGAACUGUCGACAAGUUCUCGGAUUCUCGUGCCCUGGCCCAGAUUGAAAUGUUGCAAUAGUCAUGAUUACUGCAACGCUAAUGACGACGACGAUGAGGAGGAGAACGCCAGCACAUGGACGCACGAAAGAAAGAUUCAGAUGGAUCAAACAUAUUCUACGGUAAAUCGCGAGACGCUAACGAAUUAUCUAACGUCAACGAAUCGUCAUACAAUGUUAACGUUACAACCUGAUCGAAACUAUGAGGAUUCAAUAGAAUCAAUCAAUCAACUUCUCCAGAAUCGCAUCAAAGCGCUUCACAUCGCCGCUCUUGUUCUUGCAGUUGCAGUCCUUAUAUCCGUCCUCGCAUCUUGCUAUGUGAUUACAAGAUUCCUUCGAAGUAAUCGUUAUAUAAUGGACACGGUAAAUUGUUGGUGA